GAAUCAAAAAAUUAUAAAUGGAAAAUAGAAUCACGAUUGACGAAAACUAUAUUAAGGAAGUCAGGGAUGAAUCUCCCACUGACUUAUUUCACAACCAUCUUCUUCAGAGGGAUGAUGACCCCAACGAAGAGCUUGAGGAGGAAAUUGCUCUCCUCAAAAAGUACCAAUCGAAGGCCUAUAGUGAGACCAUUGACAUCAUCCAGAAUUUUAUUCUGGAUGCAUUUGAUGAGGACGGAAGGCUCUUCGAAGAAUCUAAUUGCCAGAGCGGUACUACCAUCAAUACUGUCUAUGGAAAGCUCAGAGAAGUAGCUUACAAGCAUUUGCUGAGAAACGGGAAGAACUAUGACUCGAAGACCAGAGCUAUUACGAAAAUGCUCUUUAUCUCCAAGGUUGACGGUGAAAUUUUUGAAAAUGUUAGACAGGAAGCUGUAUAUUAUUAUAAGAAACAAAUCGGUGAAGGCAAGAUCCCUCUUCCAGAAGAGAUCAAAAACUUCCAAGACUUGAUCAGCAAGUACGGAAUUAAGGACAAGCUGUACCAAUGCAUCGCUGAAUGGUACGUAGAAGCUGAAGUUUCAGUUGAUAUUGUCAGGAGAAUUCAAAUGUACGGAAUCCUUGAAGGACAUCGAGAAAAGCUAAUCUCCAAGAAACUUAGGAAAGCAUGGGAGCUAAGAUCGAACUAUUACAUUGAUCUCGAAGCAGCCUUCCUCUCAAUGAUAUGUUACCUUGGAACGAAAUUGCUGGCACAGUUUAAUAGCGGAUUCUUCGAAGUGUCCAAAAUCACCAUCAUGAUGAAGAUUAUUUAUUUUAUUAUUUUCAGAAGUGCCAUUUCUACACCGAUAAUUGCUGCUGCUCUCUUUUCGACCCUUGGAACAGUGUUCCUCUCUCUAGGAUUGCAGCUUCUGUUCAGUAAACUUGCUGACUACAAGAGGAUGAGAGAGGUGGAGCUUGCAUUCAGAGACUUCAAGGUGAUCACCUCAAAUCUCACUUGGGACAAUCAAUUGUUACAAAAAUUAUGACUAGAUUCAUGCUUUUACAAAGAACUUGGCAUGAAUGUCCAAUACCAAUCAGCCGCAUCAGCAAUCGAGGCCAAACUAAAUGAAAUGAUUGAAGGCUCCCAGAAGUAUAGAGACGGAACUGUGAUCAAACAAUUUGACAGUGAAGAUAAGAAGCUUAAGUCCUUAGUCAUUAAAGACCUUGAAGAUGAAGAACUAGGUGAUUGGAUAGAAGUGACUAUUGAUGAGAAUAAAGGUCAUGAGUUCUUACCCCCUCCAGACAUCUAAACCCAUAUAAUUUCUUCAUUAAAGUAUAAUUUCUCUUU